AUGGCCGUGGACAACCGCACCGCCGUGACGCAGUUCGUGCUCAUCGGGCUCUCCGACCUCCCCGAGGUGCGGUACCCCCUCUUUGUGGUCUUUGCCGUCAUCUACCAGGUCACCUUGCUGGGGAACGGGGCCAUCCUCCUGGCCAUUGGGGCCAACGCGAAGCUGCACACGCCCAUGUACUACUUCCUGGCCAACCUGUCCCUCCUGGACAUAUUCUGCCCGACGGCCACUGUGCCCAAGAUGCUGGACAACCUCCUGACCGAGCAGAACAGCAUCUCCUUCCUCGGGUGCGCUUUGCAGCUGUAUUUCCUGGUGGCCCUGGCGGGGACCGAGGUCUUCCUCCUGUCUGUCAUGGCUUAUGACCGGUACGUGGCCAUCUGCUUCCCCCUCCGUUACUCCCUCAUCGUGACAAACACUCGCUGCGUCCUGCUGACGGCCGGGACCUGGGUGGCAGGGUUUCUCAAUUCCUUGCUCCACACGGUGUCCACCUUCAGCCUGACUUUCUGCAGCAACAACCGGGUCAACCAAUACUACUGUGACAUCCCCCCGGUGGUGGCCCUGUCCUGCUCGUCCACCUAUGUGGCAGAAAUGCUGGUUCUAGUGAUAGGGGGUAUCUUGGGGAUCGGUGCCUACUUGGUCACCUUUGUCUCCUACAUCUACAUCAUCUCCACCAUCCUGAAGAUCCGGUCGGCGGAGGGGAAGCGCAAAGCCUUCUCCACCUGUGCGUCCCACCUCCUGGUGGUCUGCCUGUUCUAUGGCACGGCCAUAUUCACCUACAUCCGCCCCUCAUCCCUUCAGCAUACCCCAGCCCGAGACAGGCUGAUCUCCAUGCUGUACGGGGUGAUCACCCCGAUGCUGAACCCCAUGAUCUACAGCCUGAGAAACGCGGAGGUGAAGGGAGCCCUCAGGAGGGUGUGCUGUGGCCGGGGGUCCUUGCAGGCGGCCUGA